UAUCAAUUAAUGAUUCCGAAGCCGUAGUCAUGAAGUUUCUGGUACUGUUAGCCGCUUGCACAGCAUUAUGCGCUGGUAGCGCCAUCCCCUUAGUCCCUAUGGACAAUAGCCACUAUGUGGAGGGGGAGAGUCGCUACAUCUGGAUGCCUGACGGUGAAGGAGUACCACACUUAGUGGACCUGCACGAACCUGCCGACGAAGCAUUCCUCGCCUCACGGAAUGGUGCCAACAAUCAGUACUGGCUAUUUACCAGACAAAACCCCAAUAAUCCUCAAGUAAUCGUCAAUGGUAACGUUAAUACUAUACGGAGCUCCAACUACCAAGCCAACCGUGGGCUUGUGGUGCUCGUACACGGAUGGAGGGGCAGUGGCAACUCUGCGAUGAACCCGCUUAUUCGGUCUGCGUUCCUCGAUACUCAGGAUGUCAAUGUCAUCGUUGUGGACUGGCAUGCUCUCGCUGGCAACUUGAACUACUUGUCUGUUGUCAGAGGUGUCCCUAGUGUCGGCCAGUUCCUCGGUAACUUCCUCGUGUGGUUGAUCAACAACGGAGGCGGCAACUGGAACAAUGUCCAUUUGAUUGGCUUCAGUUUGGGAGCUCACGUCGUCGGUAACGCUGGACGCACGGCUGGUCGUCGCCCCGGCCGCAUCACAGGUUUGGAUCCUGCUGGACCUGACUUUGGUGGAAACUCAGAUGCUUUGAACAGCAACGAUGGUGUUUACGUUGAAGCGAUUCACACAAAUGGGGGACGCCUCGGUAUCUUUGACCGAGUUGCUAGGGCUGACUUCUACCCCAACGGCGGCAGGAUUCAGCCUGGAUGCGGAGUCAACCAUGACUGUUCACACGGCAGAGCACCUGAACUGUUUGCAUCCAGCGUACGCAAUAACCGGUUUAUUGGAAGACAGUGCGGCAAUUGGGAUCAAGUAGCUUCAAACAGGUGCAGUGGAAGUGCAUUGAACAUGGGCAACGGUGUUUUUUCAAAAAGCGGCGCAAACGGAUUCUACGGUCUUGUAACUAGCGAAAACUGGCCUUACUAUCUAUAAUUAUUAUUUACUUAAUAAAUUAUUAUUGGAUAUAAUUUCUGUUUGAAUUAAAAAUUGACAGCCAUGGA